CCUUCAGUAAAACGGUCGCCCGGCGAUGACGUCGCGGGGGCCUGGCCGGGCGUCGCGGACUCCGGAGAUGGAGGAAAAGGAGCAAUUACGGCGGCAGAUCCGCCUCCUGCAGGGUCUGAUUGAUGACUACAAAAGCCUCCACGGCAGUGCCUCUGCCCCAGGUACGUCCGCCGCCCUGGGCACCUCCACCACUUGCCAGUGGCAGCCGCCCACUUACAACAGCAGCAGGACCUUCAGUGCUCGCUACCCUCGUCCAAGCCGGAGGGGCUUCUCCCUGAACCAUGGGCCUGCGUGGCGCAAGAAAUACUCCCUCGUGAAUCGGCCCUUGGGCUCUUCGGACCCGCCCGGUGAUGGUGCUGCGCAGCCACCACUCAGGGCUGAGGGCAGCCAGGGUCCUGAACCACAGCAGUACAUCCUGGAGAGGCAGGUGCAGCUCAGUCCAGACCAGAACAUGGUCAUCAAGAUCAAACCACCAUCCAAGCCGGGCUCGGCCAGCACUGCGGGGGUCCUGCGCACCUCCUUGGAAGAAUACGAGGACCCCCCCUGGAACGACCACAGGCCUCAGGAAGGUGAGGGUGAGUCCCCUGGUGGGCAGCGGCAGCCCUCGAGGCAAGGAAGAGCCAAGGGGAGCUGCAGCGCGGAGGACCCCCUUCUGGUCUGCCAGAAAGAGCCUGGCAAGCCCCGGAUGGUGAAGUCAGUGAGCAGCAUGAGUGAGAACCCCUCGGAGCCCCGGCGGACGGUCAGUGAGAGUGCAGUUGCGGUCAAGGCCCGCUUCCUGCCCUCUAGUCUGCCCCAGCGAGGCGGCAUGGCCCCAGGCCGGAAGGCGGGCUCACACUCUGUGGCCAGCUGUGCUGCACAGCUCUGUGGGGGCGGGGCCACGAACACCAGCCUCUCAGGCCCCUCCUCCGCCUCUGGCCUGGUGGUAGGCCCAGCUAGACCUGCUGUUGGACCCAGGCAGACCAGGGAGCCCUCGAUGCUGGUGUCCUGUCGAACCAACAAGUUCCGGAAGAACAACUACAAGUGGGUGGCCACCUCGGCGAAGAGUCCUCGGGCCUCUCGGCGGGCCCUCAGUCCCAGGGCAGCGGCGGAGAAUGUGUGCAAGGCCCCCUUUGCUUCAGCAGAACGAACAGAGAAGCCGCAGCUCAAAGCCGACCCAGACGCCAGGCCCAGGAGGUCUGCCGUGUCCUCUGUGCCUGGGGCCUCCCCCAGCAAGUACAAGUGGAAGGCCUCCAGCCCCUCGGCUUCCUCGGCCUCCUCCUUCCGUUGGCAGUCAGAGGUUGGCAGCAAGGACUGUGCCUCCCAGCUCUCCCCCGUCCCGUCUAGGUCCCCCCCAGUGGACAGACGGGCAGUGGAACCCAGCAGCUUGCAGCCUGUCUUCAGUGAGACUCCGCUCUCGGCUUACAAAGUGAAGAGCCGCACCAAGAUCAUCCGGAGGCGGGGCAGUGCCAGCCUUCCUGGGGACAAGAAGAGCAGCCCCCCUCCUGCUGCCAUGGCUAAGAGUCAGUUCAGCCUGCGGCGGAAGCAGGCCCUCCGGGGAAAGAGCAGCCCCGUUACGAAGAAGACGCCCAACAAGGGGCUGAUGCCGGUCUCCAAGCCCCGGCCGUGCUGCCUGCCUCCCGGCCGCACCUACCUCCCCUCCAAGGAAGCCUCCAGCCUGCAUGGCCAGCGGCCCCCUCCCACCAGCAAAGUGAUCAAGACGCGCUACCGCAUCGUCAAGAAGACCCCGACCUCGCCUCUCAGCACCGCCCCCGGCCCCCUGGCCCCCCCGUCCUGGCGGGCCCGGCGGCUCUCCCUAUCCAGGUCCCUGGCGCUGAACACCCUUCGUCCCGCCGCAGGUGGGAGAGCCCAGACUGGCUCCCCUCGGUGGCGGAGCAAAGGCUACCGCUGCAUUGGAGGCGUCCUCUACAAGGUGUCGGCCAACAAGCUCUCCAAGACCUACAGCCGGCCCGGCGGGGACGGGGGCAGCAGGCCCCUGCUGCGCACAGGCCGCUUGGACCCUGCUGGCAGCUGCAGCCGCUCCCUGGCCAGCCGGGCCGUGCAGCGCAGCCUGGCCAUCGUGCGGCAGGCGCGGCAGCGGCGGCGGCGGCGGAAAGAGGAGUACUGCAUGUACUACAACCGCUUUGGCCGGUGCAACCGCGGCGAGCGCUGCCCCUACGUCCACGAUCCCGAGAAGGUGGCUGUGUGCACCAGGUUUGUCCGGGGCACCUGCAAGAAGACAGACGGGACCUGCCCCUUCUCCCACCACGUCUCCAAGGAGAAGAUGCCUGUCUGCUCCUAUUUCCUGAAGGGCAUCUGCAGCAACAGCAGUUGCCCCUACAGCCACGUGUACGUGUCCCGCAAGGCGGAGGUCUGCACUGACUUCCUGAAAGGCUACUGCCCUCUGGGCGCCAAGUGCAAGAAGAAGCACACGCUGCUGUGCCCCGACUUCUCCCGCAGGGGCGUGUGCCCCCGCGGUGCCCAGUGCCAGCUGCUCCACCGCAACCCGAAGCGCCUGGGCCGGCGAGCAGCCACCCCCACGGCCCCAGAGCCCAGCAACACGCCCCCCAGGAGCAGGGCUUCCACCAGCCACGGGCCCAGGAAGCCCUCGGCUGCCCUGCGCCCCGCCAGACGGAUGUCCAGCCCCACCAGCUCCAAGGCUGCUGGCUCGACCUCGCCCCCCUCCUCCCCGCAGGUGUUAGCUGCGGCCUCCCCCUCCCCCUCCUCCCCUUCCUCCCCCUCCCCCUCCUGCUCCCGCUCCUCUCCCUGCCCCCCCUCCGCGUCCCUGUCCUUGGAGUCAGAGGAGCUGUGUCUGCAGGCGGCUGCGGUCUCAGCGGGAGCUGGCUCCGGCGGCCUCUCCAAGCUGCCCUCCUUCAUCGCUCUGCAGUCCUCGCCCAGCCCUGGAGGCCAGCCCAGGGCCCGGGCCCCCAGGAGCGCCUCCUCCAAGGACUCAGGGAAGUCACUGCACAUCAAGCCGCGUCUGUGAGGGCCCAGGGGGCCAGCCCGCGCCUACCUCAGCCCCAUCCUGAGAGGAAGGAGGCUCCGCCCGCCACCACCCCAGACGAGGGGCCGCCUGCCACGGAGCGCCCCCAGGGGCCGCCUGACUCUCAGCCCUGUGUGACCAGUGCCCUCGCCUGGCCCCCCUCAGGCUGGGCCCCACCACUUCCCCACCCCUGGGCCUUCAGCCUUGCCCCGAGGGGUGCCCGGCAGGGCUCCCCCAUGCGAUGCCUGCUUUGUCCUCCCGCUGGCCUCCUGCAGGAGAGACUGCUGGGCGGGCCUCCCUGGCAGGUACUUUGUGUUUAGCAAUAAAGGUUCUGUCCUGUGUC